AUAUACAAAUGUGAACAAUUUUUCUCAGAUAAACAAUCAAAGUGUCGACAAUUGUUUAUUGCAUCGAGCGCUAAAAGUAAACUGCUUUUAUAUGACGGUGAUAACGUAGUUGAAAAACGUGUUCUUUGAUUAUAAGUCUAUACUUAUACUCUGGGAAUCCCAUAAGUGUGUGCAAAAUAAAAUAAGUUACUUCAAGAAUUAGUAACAAGAAAGAAGAAUAACAAGAAAUAGUAAACUACCAAACUAAUAAUUUGAAAAAAUGGGAACACUUGAGACGAUUAAUAAAAAUACUACAAGAAAAUUGCGGGAAGAAUUUUUGUAUUACGUACUUCAAUGGGACCCGAAAUGGUUUACUGAAAGUGAUGAAAGUACAAUUCAACUAAAUUCUAUUGUGCCACUAAAACUUAAACAGUUAUCAUUACUUUACGAUAAUUAUGAUGAUUAUUAUCAAGCUCAGUUAUCAUCUUUGCUUUAUGAUUUUUGGUAUCAAUUAUAUGACAUAAGUCUUAGAGGUGACAAAUGUGAAAAAGCGUCUGAUAUUACGUUAUCAAAAACUUCAUUGCCAUUGAGAUGUAUAUCAGUAAAUUCAGAAAACGACAAAGUUUGUCGUGUUAAAAUGAGAACUGUAGUUCCGUAUAGUUUAAAUGUAAUGUAUGCAAAUCGAGGCUGUUUAGCAAAAUUUAAAAAUUCGUUAAAUGAAAAUGCUGAAGAAUUUGCAUGUGUCGACAACGUUCUGUUUGAUAAAAUACACUGGCAGCCUAAGUAUCAAUUAACUUAUGAUUUGAUAAUUAAGUACCAGGAAAAUAUGGAAAUUCCGAAUUCAAUAAUUUUAGAAUCAGUAUCGCCAAUGCUGUCAGUAUAUAUAAAUUUUAUUGAUUCAUUGAUAAAUAUUGCUAAAACUCCAUUGUGUGAGGCCAUUUUGAGGCCAAAUAUUAAAGAUUAUGAAUUUUCAUCAAUUAGUGACAAUGAUAAAAUUGAGCCAUUAAUUGAGGACAAAUUAAACUCCAAACAAUUGGAUAUUAUUGCAAGGACUGUUAAAACAGUUGAGGAAAAAAAACCUGGGAUAUUUAUGAUCUCGGGAGCCGCGGGAACAGGAAAAUCGAAGAUCAUUGUCGAAAGUGUUUUGGCAAUGCUGAUCAAGAAAAGUACUAAUAAAAUAUUAAUUUGUGGACAAUCUAAUGGAGCAAUUGAUUACAUUGUCUUACAAUUAUUAGAUGCAAAAAAAAAGUUAUUGCAAAAAGGAGUACGGUUGAAUAUAAUACGAAUUGGCCGUGAAGAUAAAAUAAAUGAACAAGUUAAACCAAUCUAUUUUAAAAGACUAAAAAAAAACUUACGAGAUGAACAUGCUUCGAUGCUUUUAGAAAACGCCAAUGUGAUUGCUGGGACGUUAUCAACUUCUCCAAAUCUUUAUAUGAAACGGUUCUUCAAAAACAUGCAAAUUCCAGUUUGUAUCAUUGAUGAAGCACCACAAGCUAUAGAAAUUGAAACAUGUAAUCCACUGAUGCUUGGUGUAAGAAUUUUAAUUCUUGUCGGUGACUCACAGCAAUUCUGUCCCAAAGUAUAUUCUGAGGAAGCACUUGACAACAAUUUGGGACAAUCGUUAUUUUGGAGAGCACAAAAAAUAUUUGAAAAAGAAAAAAAGAGCCCAAUUAUGACACUAGAAGACCAAUAUCGAAUGACAGAUGCAAUCGCAGAAUGGCCCAAUAAGUUUUUCUACAAGGGUACAUUAAAAAAUUGCGUUUCCGUUCGACCUCUAGGUUUCUACAACUACAGAGUACUCAAUCAUUCUUCUCCUGAAGAAGAAGGAGGCUACGUUAAUAUUGGAGAGGCUAAAUUAGUAGUCAAUAUUGCCUACACAGUAAUGACUCAAGCAAAAUUAGAGAAUUUGAGAUCUAAAAUAGAUAUAGGUAUUAUUGCAUUCUCUGAUUUACAGCGUGAUUUAAUAAUAGAGAUGCUGGAUGAAAGGACAUCUGAUAUUUGUGAUGAUCGUAAAGAUAAAUUUCAGUUGACUGUAGUGAAAAUGGGAGACGCGUUUCAAGGAUCAGCAUGUGAUAUUAUCAUCCUGUCUUGUGUCCGCAGUCUAGAGCCCAAAUUUAUUGAUGAUCCAAAUCGACUGUGUGUCAGUUUAACCCGUGCAAAACAUACUCUCAUUAUUUGUGGCAACUUUGCUGAAUACAACCAAAAUGCUAUGUGGGACUCGCUUAUCAAAGAUGCGCAGAAACGCAAUUCAUACUUUACCAUUAAUUAUAAUGACGAAUCGAGUACACUGAAGCAGUAUCAAAUUUCCGAUAAUUAAAAAAAAGAAUUCUUUUAAUCGUUUCUUUAAGAAAUCCCAUCAAAAAGUAGUAAAACAGGAGUACAUACAUACACAUUUAUUUACUUUUAUGUAUUUUACGUUAUGAACAAUCAUUGCCAUCACUGUAACAACCGUAGUUUUGAAAAAAAAAAAAAAAACAAUGACGUAAGUCAUAGAGUGAGUUAAUGUAGAUCAUGACAUAAGAUCAUUAUUUUUGUUAUAUUUUCUCUCAUUCUUUCGUAUUAAAUAUCAUAAUAUUGAAGUAAAAGAAAAAUAAUUUUAUAACUUUGUUUUUCGUAGUGUGGCUCUGUGGUAUCGUUUAAAGCUUUGGAAAUGUUAA